AGUUCUUUCUGUUGAGAGAGUUUCUGCCCUUCUGCCGCAGGGACAUGUUUGCACAGUUCUCUGGGGACUUUUUAAAAGCCCUGCUUAACGUGCUAGUGAAUUCUGACUGCUGACUAGAGACAGGAAGUGGGUCUCUGAUGAGGGACGAAAGUGAAAGAAAAGUUACUGGAGGCGGUUCCAUCCCCACCCUUUCCUUCCUGCUCUGUUUCAUGGUUUCCCUCGCCCCUCUCUGGUUGUGUGGAAUGUGAUCGUGGGAAAUUAGGAGAUUGGGGGCCUUGGCGUCGGGCCUGGUGACUAUGAUCUGCUGGGACAGGCGGAGCAGUUUGGAAGACGGAGUGCACUUUUUAACCUCUGCAUGAUAUUGUGUGGCGCGACUACGCCUUAGUUUGCUUAGUGUCCCUGUAUUGGAGGACAUGUGGGGUGCUCCUAGUUGUUCGGGGUUACCCGUCACGCUGUGAUGAGACACCACGAACAUACCCUGUUGAGCACCCAGGCUACAGCUACAUUUGACCAACACGGACAAGCAUGAAUUUCAGCGGUUGUCUGUAUGACAUUGGGGAAGCGCUGAGCAGUGAUGAGGUGGCCUCGCUCAAGUUCCUGUGCCUGGACCACAUCCCGCCAAGGAAGCAAGAGCCCAUCAAGGACGCCCUGAUGCUCUUCGAGAAACUCCAGGAGAAGAGAAUGCUGGAGGAGGGCAACUUGUCCUUCCUGAGGGAGCUGCUAUUCCGAAUCGAAAGGCUGGAUCUACUGGAAAAGCGCUUGAACACCAGCCAGGAGGAGAUGUGGAGGGAGCUUCAGAUCCCGGGCCGGGCUCAGAUAUCUGCGUACAGGGUCAUGCUUUUCCAGAUUUCAGAAGAUGUAACCGCAGUGGAACUGAAGGACUUUAAGUUUUUUUUGAACCAGGAGCUCUCCAGAUGUAAACUGGCCGAUAGCAUGAGCUUGCUUGAUAUUUUUAUGGAGAUGGAGAAGAGACUCAUCCUUGGAGAAAGAAAUUUGGACACCCUAAAAAGAAUCUGUAAACAAAUCAACCUGAGCCUGCUGGAAAAAAUCAGUGCUUAUGAAAAAUUAAGUAAAGAUGGGGGGCCUAUUUCUGACUAUUCUCGAGAGCAGGACAGUGAGUCACAGGAACAGAACUGUGAGCCGCCACGGGAGCAGGACAGUGAGUCACGGAAACAGGACUGUGAGCCGCCAUGGGAGCAGGACAAUAAGCCACAGCAGACAGCGGACAAAGUUUACCGAAUGAAAAGCAAACCUCGAGGAUACUGUGUGAUCUUUAAUAAUUAUGAUUUUAGCAAAGCACGGGAGAACGUGCCCAAACUUCACAAAAUGAAGGAUAGGGAAGGAACAGACUUGGAUGCAGAGGCUUUGCACAACACCUUUAGUGAGCUUCAUUUUGAGGUAGUGCGUUACGAAGAUUCCACAGCAGAGACAAUCUGUGAGACCCUGAAAGACUACCAAUGCAUGGACCACAAUGGCAAAGACUGCUUCGUCUGCUGCAUCCUUUCCCAUGGAGACAAGGGCAUUGUCUAUGGCUGCGAUGGGCAGGAAGCCCCCAUCUAUGAGCUGACGUCUUACUUCACUGGUUUGAAGUGCCCUUCCCUUGCAGGCAAACCGAAAAUCUUUUUUAUCCAGGCUUGCCAAGGGGAUAACUACCAGAAAGGCAUAGCUGUUGAGACCGACUCAGAGGAGAAGGAAGCCUAUUUAGAAAUGGACUCAAACCAGAAGAGAAAUAUCCCAGUUGAGGCUGACUUUCUGCUGGGGAUGGCCACAGUGAACAACUGUGUUUCCUACCGAAACCCCACAGAGGGGACCUGGUAUAUCCAGUCACUGUGCCAGAGUCUGAGAGAAAGAUGUCCUAGGGGUGACGACAUUCUCACCAUCCUCACUGAGGUAAACUUUGAAGUGAGCAAUAAGGACGACAAGAAGAAUAUGGGGAAGCAGAUGCCACAACCCACUUUCACGCUGAGAAAAAAACUCUACUUCCCCCUUAAUUGAUGUAGAACACUAUGCUUAAUUUUUGUAUUAUAAUGCUUUUACUUUAUGCUAUCAUUUAUUUGCACAACACUAUGCUUAAUUUAAUUGUUAAUAAGAUGCUGCUGCACCUCCCCCGUUUAUUUUAUUUUAUGUUGUUAAUCCUCACCUGAGGAUAUUUUUCC